AUGAUCAUCCUCAUAUGGGGCGUGGCGCUGACCACCACGAUCCCCUGGGCGAUAUUCUUCGACCUGGUGGUGAUUUUCAGCGACGCCCCCGACGUGCAACUCUGCAUCGAGGUCUGGCCGGACUCCAUGAACGGAGCCCUCUACUUUCUCAUCGCCAACAUGGUCUUCUGCUACAUACUGCCCAUGAUCCUGAUCACCAUGUGCUACGUGCUCAUCUGGAUCAAGGUGUGGAAGAGGAACAUACCCACCGACACCAAGGACGCGCAGAUGGAGCGGAUGCAGCAAAAGUCCAAGGUCAAAGUCGUGAAGAUGCUAGUCGCCGUUGUUAUUCUGUUCGUGGUCUCCUGGUUGCCGUUGUACGUCAUCUUCGCCAGGAUAAAGUUGGGGGGAGAUAUAGAAUCGUGGGAGGAGGAGAUUCUUCCCAUAGCCACCCCUAUAGCGCAGUGGCUGGGGGCUUCUAACUCCUGCAUCAACCCCAUACUCUAUGCGUUCUUCAACAAGAAGUACAGGCGAGGUUUUCUGGCCAUAAUAAAGAGUCGCAGAUGUUGCGGCAGGUUGCAUUACUACGAAACAGUCGCCAUGAUGUCAUCCUCCACUAGCAUGAGAAAAUCCUCCCACUUCUACAACAACAACUCGUCCACAAGAAAAAUUCCUCCAAUAACUGAUAACGCGGUGUCGUACAUCUACAACAAUACGGGUGUCUAA